AUGCCCGCGCGAUCGUGGGCGGGCGCUGUAGCGCUGCGCUUGUCGCGAGGUGGCGGAGCCGCGGGGCCGGCCUUCCGCGCGCCAGCGGCCCUCCUGCGCGCGAGACUGCUCUGUAAGACAGGCAGCGGUAUCUUGCGCACACGCUGUCACCCUUGCUCCCUUCCGCCUCUCGUUUUCGCUCCUCCCUGCGCCGUCCCCGUCAUCUCUUUCCCAGUUCCUCACGCUUCCCUGUCUCGUCCCGUUUCUCCUAUUCCGCCCCUCACCGCUUCUCAUCCCCUUCCCCCUCUCCGCUGUCCCCGCACCAGCGACUCUCUCCGCGUCAUCCGCGCCAUCCGCGCCAUCCGCGCCAUGCGCACCUGCCGCGACAACCACCGCAUCAACACCAUCGGUACCACCAUCGGUACCUCCAUCCUCCUCCUCCCCACCAUCGCCAGCGCAAGAGCUGCCUUCGCUCCCGUCCCGUGUGGCGUCGCUCGUCCAAUGGCUGCAGGAGAAUGGCGGGCAUGCAGGUGCCAUCGCCGCGCCAUCGCAGUGACCCCUGACUCCCACGGCGGCCUCUGUCUCACCACCAGCCGCAGCGUGGGCAAAGGCGAGCUGCUCCUCUCCGUGCCUCCCCGCCUGCAGCUCGGCCGAGCCUGGCCCGCAGGCUCGGAAGUGGCAGGAGGCAAGGGGAGAGAAGCGAGAGAAGGAGCGGAAGGAGCAGGAGGGGCGGGAGGAGGAGAGGCGGAGGAGGAGGCGAGGGCCUUUGUGGCAAUUAGCAAGAUGGGACAGCUGGUGCCAUCGUCCCUCUGGUCGCUCCGCCUGGGCCUGCACUUGCUGCACCAGCAGAGGCGACAUGCAACCCCCGACACUCUCACAACUCCCGUAGCAUCUUCAUCCUCCUCCCUAUCUCCCCCCUCCUCCCCAUCCUCUCCCUCCUCCCCGUCCUCUCCCUCCUCCCCCUCCUCCGCUACCCCCGCCACUCCUCCUCCUCCCCCCUCCCCGCCUCUCCCUGCCCCCCACUGGGACCCCUACAUCGCUCUCCUCCCGCGCUCCCUCUCUCUCCCCAUCUUCUUCUCGCCUGCUGCUGUCGCUGCUCUCGGCUACCCGCCACUGCAGGCCGAGUUGGCCAAGCGCAGCACGUUCCUGCGUCGCUUCGCCUCUGAGUUCCUGCCACACGUGGUGGACUCGCUGCAGGCAUCCCAGCGCUGCCGCCUCUUCGGAAAUGAGCCAGCCUCCCCUUCGGACCUUGCAUGGGCCAUGGGCUGUGCCUCCUCCCGUGCCUUCCGAGUGCCUACAAUCUUGGGGGAGAGAAAGGGAGAUCAGGGCGAUAGUGGGGUGUUGGAUGGAAGAGGAGGAGGGAGUGUGGGGAAGGAGGAGAAGGAAGGGGGAGGUGGGGGUGGAGAGGGGGUGAAGAGGAGGAGAGGGGAGGAAGGCGAAAGGGUGUUUUUGCCGGUGAUUGAUUUGGCGAAUCAUGAUGCCAAUCCAACGGCUAAGAUCUCUCUCUUGCCAGAUGGCACUGCAGAGCUCCGCGCUCUCCUCCCACUACCCCCCAGGCACGCCAUAAGCAUAGACUACGGCCAUCUCUCCACGGACCUCUUUCUCCUGGAUUAUGGCUUUGUGCCUGAAAACAACGCCUACGACACCCUCCCCAUGGCCUACGGCCUUCCCCUCAUUGAAGCUGCCCGCGCUGCUGCUGGGCUCGAUGGGUGGGAUGGGCGCGAUGGGGGGGAGCAGCAGGGGGGAAAGGGAGGACGAGGGGCGAGGGAGACGGGAACGGGAACUGGAGAGGGGAAGGCAGAUGCGGAGAACGAGACGGGGAGAGAGGAGAGGGGAGAGGAGAAGAGGGUCAGGAGGCUAGAAGGGCCUUUGGAUCCGGAGGCAGGGGGAGGGGCCCGGGUGCGCAUGGAAGUGAUUGCAAAGCUGGGCUUAUCCGGGCCUCAUGCAGACAGAAAGAUGAACCUGGGCGGGCCUGGUCACAUAGACCCUCGCUUGCUGGCCGCUCUGAGAGUGCUGUAUGCUCCAGCUUCGGUGGAUGUGAGGCAGGUACCGCUGCAGGAGCUGCAGGGGUUGGAUGCGGUGGAGAGGCUUGGGCGGGAGUGUGAGCAGAAGACAGUGAGGACGCUGCUGGGUCUGUGCUUUAUCUUUCUGCAGAGCUUCUCCCGCGUGCCUCCUGCUGAGGCUGCUGCUGCUGCUGCUGCUGCUGCUGCAGACAAGCCUACAAAAGGUACAGCCGCUGCCACUGCUGAUGGUGCUGGCGCUAAUACAACCACUGGCAGCGCUGCUGCUGAUUCCAGUGCAGCAGCAGCGGUGCGGCUGGCAGCCGAGGCGGCAGGAAUGGAGAGUGGCGCAGCAGAGAGGGCUAUAGGCGGGAUGACGGCGCAGGAAGCACGGCUGGUGGAGGCGUUUCGAGCGGAUAAGAGAGGGCUCGUGCUGCGAGUGAUGUCGUUCCUGCAGGGGCGACUGGAUAAGUGA